UUUUUUGGAUGGGGAGGAGGAGCACCGAGGCUUUUAGAUGCAGACAUCUAACCUUGAUGCCAUUGCUGUGAUCAUCCACCAUACCACUUGCCAAUAAGCUGCCUGCUCGAAGAUGGACGGUGCGCGGAACUUCAGCAGCUUCUCUUACUCGUCCCCCUUAAAUCGCGCCAGUCGCCUGUACAGGACGCCGUCUUCCGCAGGGAUCCUCGUUUCUAACAGCCCCGCUCAACAGAUUGACCCAGAGAUCCACGAGAUUAAAAAGCAGGAAAAAGAAGAAAUUAAAGGAUUGAAUAACCGAUUCGCCAAUUACAUUGACAAGGUUAGGUCACUGGAGAAGCAAAACAAGGUUUUGGAGACCCAGCUCAAAAUAUUACAGGAGAAAGAGGAUUACAAGUCCAACAUUGAUCAGAUCGUAGCUGCUUUUAGCAGCAAUUUGAAGCAACAGAUACAUAUUCUGGAUAAUGAAAAGGAGAAGUUACAACAGGAACUGGACCGUGUACAAGACUUAGUAGAGGAAAACAAGAACAAGUAUGAAGAAGAGAUCAAUAAGCGCAAUGACUUGGAAAAUGAUUUUGUAUUCAACAAGAAGGAUGUAGAUGAGGGAUUCCUUCAGAGGGUGGAGCUGGAAUCGAAGCUAGACAGUCUAAUGGAUGAGCUGGACCUCCUGAAGAAACUCUACAAUGAAGAAAUUCAAGAGAUGCAGUCCCAUAUGAAUAACAUUCCAGUCACUGUGGAAAUGGACAACAGCAGGGGCCUUGAUAUGGACCAUAUCAUUCAGCAGGUUAAGGCUCAGUAUGAGAGGAUUGCCUCCCGUAGUCGUGAAGAGGCUGAGCAAUGGAAUAAAGUGAAGUUUGAUGACAUGAAGCAGCAAGCAAACCAAUAUGACAAGGAGCUGAGGGAGACCAAAAAAGAGAUUGCAGACAUUACUCGUCUGAUACAAAGACUGAGCUCUGAUGCUGAAGCCCUAAGGAAUCAGAGAACUAACCUGGAAAAUUCUUUUGCUGAAGUUGAGGAGCGUGGACAAGCUAUGGUGAAUGAUGCCAAAAUUCAAAUCACUGAGUUGGAGGAAGCCCUUAAGAGAGCUAAACAAGACAUGGCACAGCAAGUGAAAGACUAUCAAGAUCUUAUGAACCUUAAGCUGGCACUAGAUAUUGAGAUUGCCACCUACACAAAACUCUUGGAAGGAGAAGAGAGCAGAAUUGGAAACCAAGGAGUGGUCAGAUUCAUCCCACGACCAACUGUGCCCAACAGGUUUAACCCUCCUAGUCCAGAAACUUCUCCUAAGAAUCCUGAGUCUAAUGCAAUUGACCAGUUAGAUUUCUAAAAACCCUAACCCUGUGUGUGUCACUUACGGAGUUCAGUAGCCAUCGCAGACUACAUCCAUGACCUACUGUCUCUCAGAAGAGUGUGACAUUCCUCAAAAGUCAAGAAAAAGCAAAAAGGAGUUUGUCAAAUCAGUGGCAGCCACUUGUGUGAUUACUAAAUGUAUAACAGAAUGCUAUUGUGCUCAAAAAUAGUAAACUGCUUGCUACUAACCAUUGGUUAUGUAAACCAGGUGAAAGGUGGUGGAAGCAUUAAAAAACUUUAAACUGCCAGUUA